AUGGAAUCCAGCCAGUCUAAGGCCGUCUUCCGGGUCCAAGUAUAUAAGAUUCCACCAGAUCUUAAUGAUUAUACCCGCCUCAGAAGUUCAAGAUCAAUGGCUUCCUCCCUUGCAACCAAAGAUGCUACUUUGUCCGAAGAAGACCACAUUCUUAGGAUCAUUGUGGACUUUGACAACUUCAGGAAAAGAACGGAGAAAGAAGGGCUUUCUUUGAUGACAAAAGCGCAAGGACAAGUUAUAGAAAGCUUAUUGCCUGUUCUAGACAAUUUUGAAAGAGAUAAAACUCAGAUAAAGGUGGAGACAGGGAGAAGAAAAAAAGUACACAACAGUUAUCAGAGCACCUACAAACAGUUUUUGGAGAUUUUGAGCUCAUUGGGUGUUGAAGGGGUGGAAAGUGUCGGCAAUCCAUUUGAUCCUUUGGAAUCAAUGGAGUUUGAAGAAGGCAUUAUAAUUCAAGAAUUUCGUAAGGGGUUCGAACUCAGUGAAAGGCUCUUGCAUCCAUCGAUGGUGAAGGUAUCGGCAGGACCAGGCCCCGCAAAGCCUGACAAUGGAGGCUCACCAGCAGAUGAAGACAAUGGAGAAGCAAGUCAAGAAAGCACCAAGCAAGGUGGAGAUUCUGAUUAA